AUGGCGAGCUCCCACUCCUCCAACACCAACGACUUCGCCGCUCUGGACGCCAAAGCGCGCGAUCACUUCGACCAGAAGCUCGCGAAAGUUCAUGACUCACUAUUUGCGCAACCUAUCGGCAUUUACGACAUCUACGAGAACAACGUAUGGAUCCCCAGCGUCCCCCAGCGCCUGCAACUAGACUACUAUCUCCGCAACUUUAACGACAUCGCCCGAGGCAACUACCGCGCUCACCUCUCCAAGUCCCUCGACAUCAACCGCACUAUAUGGUACUACGACGUAUCCAAACUACACUCUCUAUCCAACCGCCUCGACGUCGUGCGCCACAAUGUCGUCCUCAUGGCGUUCAUCAUGAUCGCCAAGCAGCUCGGCCUCGACACGAGCAGCUUCCACGAACCCGGCGCAGAAGUCUUCAUCGAAGCCUACAUGGAGGCAUGGUUAUCCAAGACAUGCGGCAUGGACAGACACGAGCACGUGCAUUCCUGCCAAGAGGAACUCGUCAAGGUCUGGAUGAACAGCACUUUCGACCUAUGCUACUUCCCGGAUAAAGCUAGGCGCGACAUGAUCCAGGCGAUCUAUUAUAUGCAGCAAAUGGUCUCUGAGCUGGCUACCAUCCAACCUGAUCACUUCUACGCGGCGGUCCUAUCGGGUGAAGUACCACGCGACGCAUUCGAGAAGGAGGGUCCGCUGUUGGUUCUACACUGGGUCUUUGCCAAGAUGAGGAAGGAGCAGAAGCAGAAGGACGAGGAGGCGGCGGCGGAGGAGGCGAUGGAGAUUGAGCAUAUGGAUAGGCCUGUCGGAUUCUUCGUCGAUACCAAGCCGGUUCGGAUGGAUGUGAGUCCAGUCAGUGACCUUCUGGUCGACAUCGAGCCGGGAGUAGUUGCGCAGGCUUUGCCUGAUGAGGCUAGGCGGUCGUGGAUUAGUGUAGAACAGGCCCUAAAGAUCAUGAAGGAUGUCGACAAGGACUUCCUAACACAGGCCAUGGAGAGGGCUACAUUAGGCAGAGACUAG